ACUUCCGGUGUCUUUAAAAGUACGGGUAUAAACCAUAUAUACAUGUAGGGUUUGAGUGUUGACAGAUCAGAUUAUCAACAGCUGAUGUGUUAUUAAAAAGCAACUCUUUGUUGAGUAAACAGAUGUAAUAGAAAAGACUAUCAAAUAAACGGGAUGAUAAACGAAACCAAACAAAAUUCAUCAUUCAGCGGACUGAAUAACACUGGAGACGAAACAUAUUACUACGGUUCUGACGGGGACGAUGGGACCGGGAACUAUUACCAACCUCUGGAAUACUACUAUUUUUACGCUAAAAAAUACGAGUAUGUUGAAGACUGGGAAAUUCCGAUACGAGGCUAUGUAACAUUUUUCGUAGCUCUUAUUACUAUACUAACAAACAUGUUGCUGAUCUCAGUUUUCAUCUUCCGAAGUUCCCGUUCUCCUACCUCUGUUGUUCUGACGUCACUGGCGAUUUCGGAUUCCAUCAUAUGUAUGACACGGCUACCGGAGGCAAUCUAUUUCAAUAUGGCUAAAAACUACCAGAAUCUCUACGUCACAUAUCGAUGGUGCAUAGCGAAUCAUGUAUUGUAUAUUAUUUACCAGAUUUUUAGAAUGACAUCGAAUUGGUGUACUGCUCUUCUUGGCACACAGCGUCUGCUGGCUGUAGCAUUGCCUUUCAAAUACAACAGAAUAUGCAGCAACCGGGCAACAAUUAUAGAAAUUGCUGUGAUUGUUACUGUUUCGUUCCUGCUUAAUCUCUAUAAAGCCUUUGGUAUCUACAUUGCCGAGCUUCCAAUCUAUACGAACUACUAUCACAAUGAAUCGCUGCCGUCCAGUUGCGUUAGACAUGUGUCACGUGGUUUAAUCAAUGCAUUUGGUGAUACUAAAACGUCAGACAUGAUAUUCUAUAUAUUUUAUGGACUACUUAAUAGCGUACUUCCAGUUGCCGUUCUCCUGUUCACUACCGUGAUGUUGCUUUAUCUUCUGUAUACGCGACAGAAAAUAGGACCUGCUGUAACGCAGAAAAAAGCACAAUUAGAGAGAACCACCGUACUGCUUUGCAUUAUUCUGGUAAUUUUUCUAAUUGCUGAGAUCCAGGACGGCGUAGCAUAUUUUAUAUAUGCAGAUGAGCUUUCUGGGGACGACAUAAGAAUAAUCUUAUCGAAGGAAACCGAUAUGAAAUGGAUCACUAUUUCCUCUCUCUUGUCUUUAUUGAGUUAUGCGUGCAACUUCUGGAUAUUUUUCUUUAUGAGUCAGCAGUUUCGCUCGGCGCUUCUGGAUAUGUUUCGGUCUGGACUCCGAAAAGCUAACAUUUCUUUCGUUUUGGAAGCCUCUGAGGAUCAAAUAAAUAGAACCUGCUGUAACGCAGGAAAAAACACAAAUACAGAGACUCAACGCUCUGAUUUGCAUUAAUCUGGUGAUUUUUCUAAUCGCUGAGAUCCAGGACGGCAUAGCAUAAUUUAUAUAUGCAGACGAACUUUCUCGCGGCGUAAAAAGAUGAUAUUCAUCUAAGAAAGACGAUAUUAAAUGGGACACUAUUUCCUCUCUCUUG